AUGUUCAAGCCCAGGCUUAGGCUAGGGCAUUUGUCCACUGUCCGAGCUACUGCAAUCAGACGCUUUGCGACAGAGGCGCGGUUAACUUCGGACCAUGUCCGCAUUGUCGAAGUAGGACCUCGCGACGGGCUUCAAAACGAGAAAAAGUCCAUAUCGCUCGAGACAAAACUAGAGCUUAUCUCAAAGCUUGCUAGAACUGGCGUAACAACAAUUGAGGCAGGUUCUUUCGUGCCUGCAAAAUGGGUGCCCCAGAUGGCUAGUACUGCAGAAAUAUGUGAGCAGCUGUUACAAAACCCACCGCAGUCACAAAACGCCAUUGCCUACAAUUACCUUGUUCCGAAUGUCAAGGGGUUGGAGGGCCUAAUCAAAGUCAUGGACUCAACUGGCGUAUCCGCGAGCACAACAGGAACCACGACCAAACCCCCAACGACCACAGAGGUCUCUUUAUUUGCCGCAGCUACAGAAGCCUUCUCCAAGGCCAACACCAAUUGCACUAUCGAGGAGUCGCUGAACCGCAUUCGCCCAAUCGUAGAACUGGCCAAGACAAAAGAUAUCCGGGUUCGUGGAUACGUUUCUGUUGCACUGGGAUGUCCCUACGAGGGCCCAGACGUUUCUCCCGCAAAGGUAGCUGAUAUCACAGCGACCUUGCUCGAAAUGGGAGCAGACGAAGUGUCGGUGGCCGACACCACUGGAAUGGGGACCGCACCCCGCACGAUGGAGCUUCUCCAAGCCCUGAAGGCAGCGGGUAUUGCCAACACCGAUCUGGCUCUCCACUUCCACGAUACAUAUGGUCAGGCGUUGGUGAACACCAUUGUAGGUUUAGAGCACGGGGUUCGGAUUUUUGAUAGUAGUGUCGGUGGGCUUGGCGGCUGUCCCUACUCCAAGGGAGCGACAGGCAACGUUUCAACCGAGGACCUCGUUCAUACUGUCCACGGUCUCGGAAUGCACACUGGUGUUGACCUGGAGGAGAUGUCAAGAAUUGGUGCAUGGAUUAGUGAUGAACUAGGUCGGUAUAAUGAAAGUAGGGCAGGAAAGGCGACAGCUAUGCCUGAACAACCAAUGCUACCUCUCCCAGGAGCGCCAUCUGCCUCAUGGGCACGUUUUCGUGCGCAGCUUGGUGCAUUGUUUCAAGGAGCAGACCCCAAGGUUUGCGUGGCAUUUUGGCUGUUUGGUCUUAUCAACAACGUCCUCUAUGUCAUCAUUUUAUCUGCCGCCCUGGACCUAGUCGGGCCCAAUGUCCCCAAAGGCGUCGUGCUGCUCGCUGAUGUCCUUCCAUCCUUCGGAACAAAACUCGUCGCUCCCUACUUCAUCCAUGCAGUCCCUUACUCCGUACGAAUCGUAAUUUGCGUCUUCCUCUCCGCGCUUGGAAUGCUCGUGGUGGCGUUAAGCCCGGCAUAUGUCGAUGGCGGCACGAUAUCCACUAAGCUCGCAGGAAUUAUUCUGGCGAGUUUGUCAAGCGGCAUGGGAGAGUUGAGCUUUGUUGGGUUGACGCAUUUCUACGGCCCAUUUAGCUUGGCGGCUUGGGGGAGCGGUACGGGAGCUGCUGGGCUGGUCGGGGCCGGUGCAUAUGCACUGGCGACGACAUCCUUGGGUCUGCAAGUGAAAACCGCUUUGCUAACAUCCGCUUUCCUGCCGGCUGUUUUGGCUGUCAGCUUUUUCAUGAUAUUACCCCGAUCGCCGAUGCGCGCCGGGGGUGGGGAUGGGGAGCUACAUGCGAAUGAUAGUGCAUUUGACGAUGAUGGUUUUGAGGAAAGAGAAGGGCUGCUUGGGUCCUCCAUCCAUUCCACGGAAAGUCUCAAAAGCGGACACUCUCGAGGACGUUUAUGGCAAAGUUUGAAAACGAACCUGCGACGCGCGCGGGGACUCUUUUUUCCUUUUAUGCUACCACUCCUCCUCGUGUACAUUGCGGAAUAUACUAUCAACCAGGGGGUAUCUCCGACAUUACUCUUCCCAUUAGAAGAGUCCCCUUUCGAAAAUUUCCGGGCAUUUUAUCCCGCGUAUAAUGCGAUAUACCAGGUCGGAGUCUUCAUCUCUCGCUCGUCUACUCCCUUUUUCCGCGUACAUGACCUCUACCUUCCGUCAUUCCUGCAAGUCAUCAAUCUAGUGCUGCUGACGCUGCACUCCCUGUUUGAUUUCAUUCCCAGCGUCUACCUCGUUUUCCUUGUAGUUUUCUGGGAGGGCCUCCUAGGAGGCCUAGUUUAUGUCAAUACGUUUGCAGAAAUUGGAGACCGAGUACCGCGAGAGGACCGCGAAUUCUCGCUCGGGGCCACCACGGUCAGCGAUUCAGGAGGCAUUUGUAUUGCCGGGUUUCUUGGGAUGAAUGAUCACGUUCUGGGGAGGCCAUCGACCAGAUUCCGAAAGGUUCAGGUGCUUGCUGUAUUCAUAUUCUGGUCCUACUACCUUCUAAGGGGAAAUAAACAUGGCCCUCCCGGCGUUCGAGGCGUUUCAUCCCGCCUCUCGAAGAGGCUGAGCGUUUGGCAAACCACCGUUGCUGUUGUUCUGUGGCUCUACUUCUGUCGGAACUUCGCUAAAGUCGUGGGCCUUGAAUGCCCUGAGCCGUUAGCGAAUCUCUAUUCCCGAUCUUUCUUCCGUGCGACAUGGAUCACAACGGCGCUGGAUGCUGGAUUCUGGACCGCAAUGAAGGUCCGGCCCAAAUGGCUCCGAGAAGUUACGUCCUUGGGCUGCACUGUCUAUUAUCUGUUUGCGGCUGAGCAAGCAGAUGAUAAGGUUCGCCGUGUACGAGCAACACUAACGGUAGAACAUAUGCGGGUAUCAUGGAACAAAGGGACGACACCGUAUCUCUGGGCCCUUGCAGGCCUGGUACGUCCGCGCCUAACCAGAUACCCACCUCGUGCUAUACGCAUUCCCCGGCCCCGACAGUCUAUCUACAACGAGCCCACUGAUGCAUGGCUCUACUUUGACGGGCCUUUGAGUGCACUGAGGGACCAGACUUGUAUUGUUCUUGAUAUCCCCGGAGGUGGGUUUGUCUCCAUGACACCCCGGCACUCGGAGGAUCGAUUACUUGCCUGGGCGGGCAAAACCAAGCUCCCGAUUUUGAGCCUCAACUACAAAAAGGCACCUGAAUACCCCUACCCUUACGCCUUGAAUGAGUGUUAUGAUGUUUACCACUCUAUAAUCACCACGCGCGGUCGCUGCUUAGGACUCGCAGGAGAUGCACCGCCUCGCAUCAUUCUCACGGGCGACAGCGCUGGGGCUAAUCUUGCCGUUGGAACCGCACUGAUGGUUCUCCAGUCUGGACAAAAGGAUCAAUCUUUAGGCCAAGCUCAAAACUCGCUUCCACCACCAGAUGGGUUAGUUCUUUCUUACCCGGCUCUGAACAUGAAGAUCGAGAGCUGGAUGACCGAAGAACAAAUGGCAUUGGUUCAGGACAAGAGCACUAGUCGAAGUGUCAAGCAAAGAAAGGACUCUGACUAUCAACGGCUGACUCCAUUUGCUACUCCGGGCGCAUCUGUUGAUGACCUUCGACAAAAUUCCUACCUCUCUAAGCCGGAUCUAGAGGCGGGCACUCUGGCGGAAGAAACGCCGGGAAUGGCGGUAGAAGAGGAUAAGCAAGAGCCUCCAGAUAUGGAAGCCGCAUACCUUGCAAACAAUCAGCCCAAGAAGAUCCGAACCAAACUGGCAGUGUCAUCCGUGAUAUCUUAUGUCAAUGAUAGAAUCUUAUCGCCGGAAAUGAUGCGGGCAAUGAUUAUUCUCUACAUCGGACCCCACAAUCGUCCGGACUUCAACACAGACUACCUACUGUCACCAAUCCUAGCGCCUGAAGAGCUUCUCGCACAAUUUCCAAAGACAUACAUCAUUACAGGAGAACGAGACCCACUGGUCGACGACACAGUCGUUUUCGCCGGGCGGCUCCGACAAGCCAAGAUGCGCCGGUUCCACGAAAGACAGGAGCUAGGUCUUGAGAAAUCCCACCGAUCAUUCAACGAGAAAGACCAUGUGGAAGUCUCCUUACUCCCAGGAAUUUCACACGGCUUCCUACAGAUGGCCGGGUUCUUCCCAGACAGCUGGAAGCAUAUCAACAGGUGCGCGGCCUGGAUACAAACCCUAGUCAAUAUGGCCGAUAUGAGGAAAUCGCCGUCCAGUCUCGGUAGUUCCGACAGCCCUAAGCUCGACGAUGAGCGCCAGGACUCACCUCGUAACCACCAGCGUACCCUCACCGGUGAAUCUUCCGCAGACGAAGACAAACCACUGGAAAUGAGCAUUGGGAAAUUGACACCUCUAUCCCCAACAGCUCGCUGUGCCAGCGCCCCAGGUUACAGCCAAGAACAACCAAAUGCGGUACCGGAUGAGUUUCAACCCGAACAGCUUCCCGCUACAGACGAGAGUCCUAGACAAAGUGGGACUUCUCGAGGUCGUCCGGCUCGGCCGAAGGGGCUAGGCAAACGGCGACCAUUCGCACCGACAAACAUCAACAUCCAUGAGGAAUGGGCUUCCGAUCCAGUGAGUCCAGCGCAGGAGAGAGAACACAGCUUGCACAGCCUAUCCAGCGAGGAUGACCUCUUGGGUCGGCGGAUGUCUGGGCUGGCUGGUGGGCUGAUGGGGAUAGGCGAGGGUGCUCGGACGCCGUGA